GGCUAUCAUUACAAUAUAUAUAUAAAUUUAUAUGUAAUAUCGACUAUAUUAACCAUAUGAUGCGUGGAGGUAGCAGUCAUGUAGUAAGAAUAAAGAAUUGUUUCAGAUAUAUAUCAUAUCACUUUCAUUGUUAGGAAAACACCUGUGUUUUAUUUUUUUUGGGAGGAUUUUUAAUGUAAAUUUUUAUAACUCAUUUGCAAACUUUCAUUUGGUGGAUUGAAUUUAGUUCGCGUUCUGGAAUAAUGACUUUUUUAACAAUUGUAUAUGCUAUUUUAAUAAUAGUUGUCGCUGUUUUUCUAUUACGAUGCUUAGAAAUAUUUCUUAGAUCUUUUCGAAUUAAGAAUAUUGAUAAGAAGCAUGUUCUUAUUACAGGAUGUGAUUCCGGUUUUGGAUAUUUAUUAGCCAAGAAACUAGAUAAGCAGGGAGUUCAUGUUGUUGCUACUUGUCUUACCGAAAAAGGUACGACAAAGCUUGAGGAUGAAUGUUCGAGUCGAUUGAAAGCUGUUACGUUAGAUAUUACUGAUGAAGAAGCCGUAUCUGACUUGGCAGAAUUCUUAAAUUAUGAUUUAGGUGAGAUUGGACUUCAUGGUCUAGUUAAUAAUGCAGGAAUUGGAGAACCUAGUGAGGGAGCGGACUGCCGUCAUUUGAUGGCUAAAGAUCUCAGAGAACUAUACGAAGUUAAUACUUUUGCAAUUGUUACAAUGGUUAAUAAGUUUUUGACUCUAUUGGAGAAAGGAAAAGGUCGAAUAGUAAACAUGACUUCAAUUAAUGGGCGAAUAAUUGAUCCUACUCUUACCAAUAUUCCUUAUACAACGAGUAAAGCCGCUUCCGAAGCUAUAUCCGAUAGUUAUAGAAUUUUAUUCAAGGCGUAUGGUAUUCCAGUGAGCGUUCAUAUUAUUGAGCCUGGAUUUAUUAAAACAGAUAUUCUAAAUCCUGAUAGAAUGAGGUCUAGCUUCGAGAGAGGUAAGUAUAGAUGGACAAAAAGCGAACUAGAGAAAGAGAAUGAGGUUUUUGAGGAAUUUGGAAAGAUAUUAACUGUAGUUGAUAAAUUUGCAUCUAAAAGGCCUGGAUUAGUUGUAAGAGCUUAUGAACAUGCGCUCUUCUCAAAAUGGCCAAAGAAGCGUUAUAGCGUCGAAGUUGGAUUGGAUUUGAUCGUAUCAUAUCUUCCUUCAAUAAUUCAAGAUGCUUUUGUCAUACUUCAAUUCUAUCUAGUUGUAGAUGCAGCAUCAAAAAUUAAACAAUCGGCUUUUGAUCUUAAAAAUAAAGAAGAAUAAGAAGAUAAAUUUUAAAAUUAACAAUCAAAAUGCGAGUGAUGAAUUAAGAUAAAAUAACUAAAUAACUUGUAACUUUUUGAAUAAUGAUUUUAAAUUGAAUAAUAAAUUGUUAAAGAGAAAGAAUACUACACAAUCAAUAUCUUACAUGUGGUGUAUUUU